GUUACGACCACAGUGGACGGCACUGCGAUGGACGGCACGCGUGUAUGCGCCUACCUGUGGCCUAUGCUUCCUGUGCGUCUGUGUGUUACGAUCAACUGUGUCAGUCACCACUCAGUGUGAAGGUGUGAACGCGCCGACUAUGACACUAUGGCGAUUCAUCCCGAGACCGAGCGUGUGCGUGUGAUGCCAGCACCACUCCGCGUGAACCCGUCGGCUAUGGCGAUCCAUGUCGGUGCCAAGUUCAACAGCUUCGCGGAAUUCGAACAAGAGUUCAGAGUCUUUCAGGUGACGACGAACACUCUUUUCGUCACAAAAGUAAGUAAGACUGUUGGCGCGGCGAACGCGCGCCUUUGUGCUGGCCAGACCCCGUUUGAUGUGAAACUGAAGUUCGCCAACGUAACAUACGUGUGCAAGCACGGUGGUGCCAUAAGAACCACGGGGAGAGGAAUUCGUCCGCACCAAAGUACAAGGAAAAACGACUGCCCAGCAAAAGUUGUCCUUGCGGCGCGACGUGCCUGCCAACGGCUGGAGAUCACGGUGCUGAAAGUAGAACACAACCACGAAGUGAGCCCCGAGAUCUUCAGGACCUACCCCGAGUGCCGUCAGCUGAAUACCGAAGAGAUAAACUUUGUCAAGUCGCUAAGGGAGCUGAAUGUGCGGCCCAGUCUCAUCGUGGAGAAGCUCAGAGAACAAAGUGGAAAAGCAGUGAUUGCAAAAGACCUCUACAAUCUGACUCAUAACGGCAGAAACCCAUUCCUUGAAAAGGCUGUUCACAACCUCAGCAAUUCUUCGGAAUGCAACCCUGAAGCUGGCAGUUCCGAAGAACCAAGCGUACUAUCUAUGCCAGGGCCCUCCUUUGACAAGAUGGACCGGAACCAGCGAUACGACUACGCAAUGCAAACACUUAGAGCUGUUGCAGACAACUUGGCUGACUGCCAGCCAGACGUCUUUGCAACACGCCUAGCGUUCCUCGAGUCUGUGAAUGCCUCUUGGUUGAGGAGAGAGGAUGUAACGCAAAGCGUUUCCCAAGAAGGAUAUGAAGAUGUUGACGUAGCUGAAAAUGUCACUAUACAAGAUGUUUGUCCAGCCAUUGUGUCUCAAAUCAAUCAACAGCAGGAAACUGACCGGGGUCAAGUCAGCGUGGCCACUGGGUGUGCUAGCAGCAGCAGCAAUUUACCUGUUCCAGAUAGUGACACACCAAGCAGUGCUAGCCGAGGGUGCACUGCCACUUAUCAGAUCAGACUUUCCGACAUGAAGAGCCGAGGACGUCCAUCGAAGACAGUGCCACAGAUCCGACUGAAGCGAGCAAGGAAACUUUAUGAGGACGGGCGUGUGGCAAUUAAGCAUCUGCCUGAAGAGGCGCAAGCAAAAUUGCUCUUGACUGGCUUUAUUGACGAGGGCUUCUGUCAACAAGUAAUGGAGGAGUCUGAUGUGGAAGUUUGCCCAGAAGCCUUGCCCAGUGCUCUGCUAGAGUGCAGGGUUUCCCUACCGAGGCUAAAGAAAUACUCUACCCCGAAUCCACGGUCCCUCUUGAUUUCCUCAGUUGCUGCAAAGAAGAACAAGGAACUGUCUUUGCAAGGAAAAAGAUGAUGGAGAACUGAAGAUGGCCUGGUGUGAGCAAUGUUUAGAGUGGUUUCACUGGUGAGGGCAUCUUCAUUAACUUGCCAUUUUGCCUGGUACUGUUCUUUAGUGUGCAGUUUAUAUUUCAUGCUGUCCUAACUGUAGCCC